CACUGUUACUACACUUUCUUUACAACUCCUGUCAUGAAAAUCGAAUACAUUAUGUCUUAAUUUCUGCAAUUGGUUCAUUGAUCAAUUCGAAAUAAAGUUAUGAACUUUAGAAUUUAAAUGUUUAUACUUUUUCGCUAGCGAAGAUCACAGCUGUUUCUGCUUAUUAAUCUCUGGCAUUUGUGGAGAACAAACCUCCUCUAGUCGAGGAUGCAAUGAUGAUAGAAAGUGCUGCCGCAACUGAAUUAGUUGGAUGUGAAAGAAAGGGGAAUGUAGAAGAACCAUAUGUAGGAAUGGAGUUUGAAUCUGAAGAAGCUGCCAAGAUGUUCUAUGAUGCAUAUGCUACUCAUAUGGGCUUUGUCAUGCGUUUUGAUGCAUUUCGCCGUUCACUGCGGGAUGGAAAGGUUAUUUGCCGUCGACUUGUAUGUAAUAAGGAGGGCUUUCGCAGAGUCAGACCCAGGCAGAGUGAGAAUAGAAAGCCUCGAGCAAUCACACGGGAAGGGUGCAAGGCAAUGGUUAUGGUGAAGAGGGAGAAGACAGGAAAAUGGGUCGUUUCAAGGUUUGUUAAGGAUCAUAAUCAUCCAAUGGUUAUUUCUUCUGGAAGUAGUCGUCGAAGCUUGCUUCUUUCUCAAACACCGUUCAGAGGGAGAAGCAUUCUGCUCAGGGGGAGACAUCAGGUGAGGCCCAGCCUUCUCUGGAUCAGGCUUGAAAAAGUGUAUGUUCCCCGGAAUCGUGAGCACACACCUACUGUGGCAGAGCAGCCUACUGCUCCUACUUUACAUCCUGAUCCAGAUCCAGAUCCUAGUCCUGGAAGCAGUCAAAGAACUGCACUGGAAGGUUGUCAUGAUUGAGGAGAUGCAUGCCCUGGAGAGAAUACUUGGGACAUCGUACCUCUUCCUCCACAGAAGAAGAUUUUCAGUUGCAAGUGGGUGUUUAUAGUGAAACAGAACGCGGAUGGGAGUAUUGACAGGUACAACGUCAAGCUGGUUGCUAGAAGCUUCACACGAGCUUAUGGUCUUGACUAUCAGGAGACGUUUUUUCCUUUUACAAAGAUGAACACUAUCCGGGUGAUACUUUCGUGUGCUGUGAACCUGGGCUGGGAACUACAACAACUGGAUUUCAAAAAUUCCUUUCUUCAUGGGAAGCUGACAGAAGAAUUGUAUGUGGAUGUACAACCUGGGUUUGCUCGUACUACUACUACGGGGAAGGUUUGCAGGCUCAAAUGAGAGUUAUAUGGGGUGAAACAUUCCCCCCGUGGCUGAUUUGGACAAUUUCACAAAGCAAUAAUUUCUUUUGGAUAUAAUUAGAGUAAUGCGGACCACACCUUGUUCACUAAGCAAUCUGGGUCCAAGAUUGUUGUUCUUAUUGUGUAUGUUGACGACAUUGUGGUUAAAGGAGUGACAGAGGAAAUUUCUUGCAAAUUUGAGAUCAAGGACUUAGGAAAGUUGCAUUACUUCCAUGGGAUUGAGUUCGCCCAUUCUACCAAGGGUAUCGUUCUUUCCCAGAGAAAGUAUACUGUGGAUCUUUUGAGACAGAAGUGCUCGAUUGUAGGCCUGUAGAUACUCCUCUUGAUGUUAAUGUUCAUCUGUCAGCAAAAUCUGGUGAACCAGUGGACAAGGGUCAAUAUCAACGCCUGGUUGGGAAGCUUAUUUAUUUGUCCGAUACUUAUCCGGAUAUUGCCUUUGCAGUUAGUUUGGUGAACCAAUACAUGCAUGAUCCAUAUUCCACACAUUUGGAAACUGUAUAUUGGAUCUUGUAGUACCUGAAAUCAGCCCGUGGAAAGGGGAUCUGCUUUCUUCACAUGGUCCUAUAUUGAUGCUGAUUGGACUAAUUCUCUUGAUGAUCGUUGUUCCACUACUGGAUAUAAUACCUUUGCUAGCGGAAAUUUGGUCACUUGGAGGAGCAAGAAGCAAGCUGUUGUUGCCCGCUCAAGUGCUGAAGCUAAAUUGCACUAUGUCCCAUGGUAUAUAUGAGUUAAUGUGGCUCCAAGGGCUUUUGAAGGACUUGGGUCUCCCAGUUCCCUUGCCUAUGAUGUUGUACUAUGAUAGCAAUUCUGCUAUUAGUAUUGCUCACAACCCAGUUCAACACAAUCGCACCAAGCAUUUUGAGAUCGAGUGGCAUUUCAUCAAGGAGAAGUUAGAACAAUGACUGAUUUGUAUUCCAUUUGUUAAAUCGGGUGAUCGACUUGUUGAUGUUUUUACAAAGGGUCUAAGUCUCAAGUUGUUUGAUCCUAUAGUGUAGUUGCGCAUGUAUGACAUCCAUGCACCAAUUUGAGGGGGGAGUGUUGUGAUGAUGAGUGUAAUAUGGGUAUACUGGUAAAUCAGUCCAUAGGGAUAUAAUUGUACUUGUACUUCCUUUUCACUCAUUAUAAAUAAAGAUGGUCUGUCAACUAGACAGAUUGAUUAAUUCCUUACAA